AUGAAUGGUUUAUAUGAUGUGAUGCACAUGCUCAUGAUUCGGAUGAAUCACAGAUUGAUUACCGCGUUAGCAGAGCGCUGGCACAGUGAGACGUGCACAUUUCACCUUGUGCAGGGGGAGAUAACAGUGACCCUGGAGGAUGUGUGGCGCAUCCUGCGUAUUCUGAUUCAGGGGGAGCUAGUUAUAUACGAUAGAUACUGGGGGACUCUAGCAGUACAGAGAUUCUUUGAUGAGGGUGUAUUCAUUGAUGAUGGCUCCAUUUCCUGGGAGGAGAUUGCUACAUUAUACGAGCCUUUACCAGCAGUUUUGUCUGGCAUUGUGGGAGGACUAUUGUGUCCUGAUAGGUGCUCGCAUGGUCUGGCCAUCAGAUGGGAACAAGUGAUAGAGCAGAUGAUUACAGAGGGGACACAAUUUGCCUGGGGACCAUGCGUACUGGCGCACCUUUAUCAGGAGCUGCAUGAGGUGGUAUACCGUGGGAGGGGCUCAUAA